AUGUCGGAAGAUGGCAGGACGCUAUGGGUUGGCAACCUCGAUGAGAAUGUCACUGAACCGUUAUUGUAUGAACUGUUUCUUCAGACUGGGCCCAUGGAGAAGUUGAUAUUCGUCACUGAAGGCAGCGGAGAAAAUAAAAGACACACUGGCCAGGCGUUUGUUGUAUUUAAGCACCCAGAAAGUGUCCAGUAUGCCACUCAGGUCCUCGAUGGUUCUAGUUUGUUCUCUCAGCAACUGGCCCUGAAGGCUCGAAGUCUUCCCUCCAUGUACAAGUCUUCUGGGAACAGCUCUGCUGGAGGCAGGGGGCGGUUUGACAACAGCUCUUUGAGAACCGGAUUCAACAAAGCAACCACCUGGCAUGGUCAGAGUGACCUGAUUCCCCGGGGGCGGGGCAACUUUAGGGGCAGGGGAGGAGCUUCUAACUAUAACCAGAACAGUGGUUACAAUGCUGAUUAUAAUAAUUACAAUCAGGGCAACUCCAACAACAGUUGGAGUGGACAGCAACCUUCGAGUGACACCCAGGGAUCAUAUGCCAUGACAGAUGAUGCUUCCAUGGAAGACAAGAGGCAGAAGGUUAUUCACCAACAGAAUCUUCAGCAGGGCAUGGCCAACAUGACCCCACAGAUGUAUGGUGUGGUCCAGCAGCAACAACCCCAACAGCAGGGCACAUGGUCCAGUGGUGGCUACAACACUGGAGCCUGGACUGGCACAGGUGGUGACACCACAGCAUACUCAGGGUAUAACAAUAGGUCUGGGUGGUAG